AUGGCCGUGGAACUUCUGGAGACUCUGAAAGAAUCCAUAACCGCAUAUACCGGACUCUCUCCAACAACUUUCUUCACUGUAGUUGCUUUAGGACUUGCCAUCUACUAUGUUUUCUCCGUUAUGUUCGGUGGCUCCUCCGAUCAUCAUGUACAGCCAAGGUCUAGUUCUUUCGAGGAGUCGGAACCUCUCCCGCCGCCGGUUCAGCUCGGAGAGGUAACCGAAGAGGAGUUGAAGGCUUACGACGGCAACGAUCCUAAGAAACCUCUGCUUAUGGCCAUAAAAGGUCAGAUCUACGAUGUCUCACAAAGCAGAAUGUUUUACGGACCAGGUGGUCCCUAUGCACUGUUCGCCGGAAAAGAUGCUAGCAGAGCUCUUGCAAAAAUGUCAUUUGAUGAGAAAGAUUUGACAGGUGAUAUCAGUGGUCUUGAGUAA